AUGGGAAAAAACGGCAGCAAGCUGAAAACGGACCAAAUCCGGAAUUUGGCCGAGCAAACCUACUUCACCGAAAAAGAAAUCAAGCAAUGGUAUAAGGGCUUUGUCCGAGACUGCCCGAAUGGUAUGCUGACGGAAGCGGGCUUCAUCAAGAUCUACCGCCAAUUCUUUCCCCACGGUGACCCCACCGAUUUUGCAUGUUUUGUAUUUAAAGUCUUUGACGAAAACAAGGAUGGGGCCAUCGAAUUUCACGAGUUCAUCAGGGCUCUUUCAAUUACUUCUCGUGGGAAUUUGGACGAAAAGCUGCACUGGGCCUUCAAGCUCUAUGACCUGGACCAGGACGGAUUCAUCACUCGAGAGGAAAUGCUUUCCAUCGUCGAUUCCAUUUAUAAAAUGGUUGGCACCUCAAUACGAUUGCCGGAAGACGAAAACACUCCCGAGAAAAGGGUCGACAGGAUUUUCAAAAUGAUGGACAAGAAUAACGACGCACAAUUGACGUUAGACGAAUUCAAAGAGGGAGCUAAAGCCGAUCCAUCGAUUGUCCAUGCCCUUUCUCUAUAUGAGGGUCUCAGUAAU